CUGCUCCGCUCCCAAUCCCACCAUGGCCGACGCCUUUGCGGGCACCUGGAAGCUGCUCGACUCCUCCAAUUUCGACGAGUACAUGAAGGCGCUGGGCGUGGGCUUCGCCACGAGGCAGGUGGCCGGUCUCACCAAGCCCACCACCAUCAUCGAGGUGAGCGGCGACAAGGUCACCGUGAAGACCCAGAGCACCUUCAAGAACACGGAGAUCAGCUUCAAGCUGGGCGAGGAGUUUGACGAGACCACUGCCGACGACCGGCACGUCAAGUCCGUGGUCAAGCUGGAAGGUGGCAAACUCGUCCAUGUGCAGAAGUGGGAGGGAAAGGAGACGUCGCUAGUGCGGGAGCUCAAGGACGGCAAGUUAAUCCUGACGCUCACCAUGGGCAGCGUGGUGUCCACCCGCACCUAUGAGAAGGCCUCGUAGGGGCCCUGCCAGCCCCGCACCGGUGCUGAACUCGCCAGGUUGCCUCUGUCCCCGCCGCGGUGGGAGCGCCCGUCGGAGCAUCCUCCGGAGCUGCCCCAUCCCCGAGCUGCCCCGAGGCCUCUUGCCUCGGGGGGUGGUUGGGGUUGAGGGGUGGUUUGGUUUUGUUUCUUUUUUUAAAUAAAGGAAGAACCUACGUGGAAAGAUAAUAAAGC